AUGUUAUAUUAAUAAAGCCAGUCCAUACCCUGUUCCUCCAUCGAUCAGAAGAAGUAAUACUCUGAAUCUAAUGGCGAAGAAGGUGUUGAUGACAGCCAACGGCGACGAGGUUUCCCGGAACAUCGCUAUCGAACUAGCCAAACACGGUUGUCGGUUGGUUUUGAUGGGAAACGAGGCUUCUCUAAGGAGCACUGUGGACUACAUACGAGUCUCUGUUGAUGGAGCCUUCCCAGUGGAGCUCAUUGGAGCCGACAUGGAAGCUGAUAGUGAGGAAGCUUUCUAUGUUGCUGUCCAAAAGGCAUGGACUCGUCUAGGAUCUUUGGAUGCUUUUGUCAACUGCUGUACCUACCAAGGGAAGAUGCAGGACAUUCUCCGAGUGUCUGAAGAUGAGUUCAAGAAAAUCACAAAGAUCAAUCUCACGGCUACAUGGUUUAUCUUGAAGGCUGUGGCAAGCAUGAUGAAGGAGAAUGGAACAGGAGGCUCCAUUGUCCUUUUGGCUACAAUAGCUAGUGGUGAGAGAGGGCUUUACCCUGGAGCUGAUGCCUAUGCCACAGUCGCUGCUGGAAUUCACCAGCUGGUUCGGGCAUCAGCCAUGAGUCUAGGGAAGCACAAGAUAAGGGUGAACAUGAUCUCGAGAGGUCUGCAUCUUGGCGAUGAAUAUCCAGUUUCAGUGGGGAUAGAUCGAGCGCAGAAACUGGUGAAGGACGCUGCUCCUCUUGGCCAGUGGCUGAACCCGGAGACAGAUAUCUACUCGACUGUGAUUUACUUGAUCAGCGAUGGUUCACGUUUCAUGACAGGUACCACUGUGAUGGUGGAUGGAGCACAGUCUCUUAUGAGGCCACGUCUCAAAUCCUACAUGUGAUUUGGUUUAUAUAAAGCUGCUUAUAAUUGUAUUAUUACUUUCUUGAAAAUUGAAUGGAUCAAAGCUUGAAUAAGUACAAUGGUUUUAAUAAAAAGAUGCUUUUGACUGA